AUGUUCGAUGGGUAUCUUGGCAAGAGUUUGGAUUCCAUCACCCUUUCUCCUAAUUUGUUCUUCUACACUACGGGCACUAUUUUGAUCGCUCGAUUACUGCAAAUUUUGGCAUGGCGAUGGUGGUUUCAUCCCCUUUCUUCGGUUCCUGGACCACGGCUAGCAGCUGUCUCUAGUCUGUGGCAGAUGUGGCAAGAUGUUGUUCGUGAUGGGGACGCUGCUCGAGCUAUUGACAGACUUCAUCGCGAAUAUAAUACUGAUAUUGUUCGCAUUUCUCCAAACCACGUCCACAUCAAGGACCCCGAGUUCUAUUUCAAGAUCUACAAUGUUGGUCCGGGAUUUGACAAAGACCCGGGCUUCUAUUCUAAGCUAGGGGUGAAUUCAAUCUUGAGCGCUGACACCAACUCUGCCCGAUCUAUGCGGAGUAAAGCAAAUGCAAUCGUCGCCCCGCGAGACUGGGGGUCAAUGGUGGAGAAGGCUUAUUCCACCGCUAAGCACGCUUCCGAUCGACUUGUAAUCCACUCUGAAAGAGGCGAAGAUAUCGACCUGUUCCAUACAUUUCGCAGUAUAUCGACCGAUAUAAUCUGCAAUUUAUGCUUCGGGUUCGCUCCUGAUUUUGUCCAAAGACCCGGGGAUGCAUCGAAACUUUUCCAUGUUCUUGAUAUGUGCUUGGAGGGGCUUUGGUUCACUGUCCAUAUUCCGUAUCUUGCAGAAUACAUCAACAAGAUACCAAAGUCCUUGCUCAAGAUUUUGCUUCCGGGACUAACUUACUUCAAAGAGCAAGGUGGAGAGUGGGUCGACGGCACUUUGAAGAAUAGCAAAAAUUCCAGCGUGAAAGAUCGCAAAUCGACGAUCAUCGAUGCUCUGAACCCUUCGCCCAACCAUGAUAUCAGCGCAACAGAUCGCGAAUGGCUAGUUGACCAGUCCAAUACUUUUGUAUUUGCGGGCGUGGAUACGACAUCUACGAUGUUGAUGUAUACUUUCCACAAGGUCUUAUCUUCCCACGAAAUUCACAGUCGCUUACAGCACGAGCUACAAAAUGCGGAUAUCUCGAUUCAAGAAGGGUAUGAUUGGAAGACGAUCCGAGAGUUGCCCUAUUUGAGUGCAGUCAUAAAAGAGGGACUGCGGUUGAGCACCGUUAUCCCAGGACGACUUCCACGAACUGUCCCCGCUGAAGGAGUGGAAUACAAGGGGACCUUUCUUCCCGGGGGUACCGUCGUAUCGAGCACAAUCUACUCGAUGCACCAUAAUUCGAAAAUAUUUCCCGAGUCAGAUAUCUUCAAUCCGGACCGGUGGCUAGCUGCGAACAGCGCCGAACUUGAGAGGUAUAAUGUUGCUUUCAGCAAAGGAAAGAGAAGCUGUAUCGGAAUGAAGUAA